UGAUCAGAUUGCGUUAUGAUAUAAUUUAAUCAUGUUCCUUUGGGGAUCAAAGUUACUUGGAUUCGUGCAAUUGAAUCGUCGUCGUUAGCCCAGCGAGGGACUUUGAGUUUUGCAUCUCCAAAAAAAAAAAUGGCUACCAAAAGUGACAACAAGGUUAAUCUCUCACGCAUGUUCAAGUAUUUACUAGCUACGCAGUUUCUAUCAAGAAGCAUCCCCUUCAUAUUCAAUUCCUGGAUCGUGAGGCAUCUCACCGAACAAGACUAUGCGCUCUACGCUGUCCAGUUCCAUCUUUUUGUUACUUGUGUCUUGUUUCUCAGCCGGGAGGGAUUCCGCCGCGCUUGCUUGCGGGCUAACAUUAAACGUGAUGGUCCUGGAUCAGAGGAAAAUGUGACUAGGCUAUUGAAAGUAGCAUGGGUGACAGUACCACUCGGAAUAGCUAUUACUAUUGCAGCAUGCAUUUUUGUGUUAUGGUGGCAGAACCUUAGUUACUCCGACACAUAUGCACAGGCUAUCUUGAUUCACGGCUUCGCAUGUGUACUUGAGCUAAUGGCUGAGCCUUUGUAUAUCCUCUCUCAGACACUGGUGAAGCUAGAGUUGCGACUCUUUGUUGAGAUUGCCGCUACAUUUGCACGCUGUGUAACUCUGUGGUCUCUCAUAGUCAACCAAACCAACAUGGAAAAAGGAAUAGUCUUCGCACUGUCACAAGUUGCUUAUGGAGGUUCCUUGUUUCUUGGCUACUGGGCUUAUUUUCUCAUUUGUGGUGUUCUCAGAAGUUCAGAUCUCUUUCCUUUCAGACCUGGGAACUUCAUGGAUUUCGAUAACAAGCUCUCGAACAUGUGUAUGCUGUUUACUUUUCAGUCCUUUCGAAAGUUGAUCCUUCAAGAAGGUGAAAAAUUGGUCCUUGUAUGGUUAGAUACACCUUAUAAUCAGGCGGUAUAUGGGAUCGUCGACAAACUAGGUAGUCUAGUUGUACGCAUGGUGUUUUUUCCCUUUGAAGAAACUUCAUACACUAUAUUUGCCAGGUUCGCAUCAGGUGAUUAUCAGGAAAGGAAAAAGAAACUCGGAAUUGGCUUGACCGAGGCCUUGAAGCUUGUGAUAUUAAUAGGUCUUAUAUUUAUGGCAUUUGGCCCGAGUUAUUCAUACUCUCUCAUCAGAUUGUUGUAUGGUGAAAAAUGGAGCGAUGGAGAAGCUUCCUUGGCCUUACAGUUUUAUUGUCUCUACAUCAUCGUCCUGGCCAUGAACGGAACCUCCGAAGCAUUUUUACAUGCAGUUGGAACAGAGAAUGAACUGAAGCGCUCAAACGACAUGUUGCUUGUAUUUUCAUUGAUUUACGUCGCGUUAAAUAUUCUGCUUAUAAGAUCUGCCGGAGCAAUAGGUUUAAUCAUGGCGAAUUCCUUGAAUAUGAUAUUUAGGAUCAUCUAUUCAGGGAAAUUCAUCCAGCAUUACUUCCAGGGCACUUCUUCAUUCUCGUUCCGAAAAUGCUUUCCUUUAGGUUGGCAAAUUCUUAUCCUUUCGAGCAUAAUCACUCUCAUCUCAGAGAAAACCAUCCUCGAUCGUAAGAAUUUCUGGGAAACAUUUCCUCUCCAUUUCGCCAUCGGUUUCAUCUGCUUCUGUCUUUCGGCCAUUGUCAUAUACCGGCGUGAGAGGGUGUUCAUCAAAAGAAUCAUACAUUUCAGGGAUUAUAAUCACGACGACUGAAGAAACCGGUAUAUGUCCUUGUUAAAGUACGGUUUAUAGGUUUACUUACAAGAGAGUUUUAACGCUGAGAAAGAGAAAGUGAAACUUUUGUAUUACCGAAUCCGGCUCUAUUGGAAAAAAAAACCUCAGUUUUCUUAGGAGUUUUUAACAUGGAACUCUUCUUUUUUUUUUUUUUGUCAUCUAGAACUCUUCAUUAUUUUUGUUUUUUUUGAUAAUGGUUAAAUCAUCUCAUGAA